AUGGCCAUGGCCAGCGCCGGGCCGGUCCCGCCGGCCGAGGCGGACGAGGAGCGGCGGGAAGCGGCGCUGCGGAAGCUGCUGGUCCGGCUGCGGAGCCUGCAGGAGGGGAAGCAGCUGGAGAGCCUGGUGCAGACGCUGCAGGACCUGCUGGCCUUCGCCGCCCUGCCCGGCGGAGCCAAGCUCUUCGCGGACGGGAGCACCUACGUGCCUCUGCUGCUGGUGCUGGUCUCCUACCUGAGAGUAGGGCGCGUGCAACAGGUGGGCUGGACACUUCUCUGCAAACUUAUUAAAAUAUGCCCAGAAACUCUGCAUCGUUUAGCAGGUCCUCAAGGAGUGGGGAAGGACUGGGAAGUUCUCGGCGUUCAUCAGCAAAUUCUUAAGAUGCUUAAAACCCACAGUGCUAAUGUGGAUCUUUCAACGGUGGGCUUGAAAACAUUAAAUCUGCUUCUUUCUUCAGAUGAAAUCACACUUCUUCUCUUAGAAGAAGGGACCGACAUAUUUUUAUUGAUAUUUGACGCCAUGGAUACCUUUCCUGAUAAUGAAAAGAUCCAGAGAUACGGAUGUAAAGCUUUGCACAUGCUUUUAGAAAAAGUUCCCGAGGAGCAGCUGAUUGAAUUUGUGGAAGCAAACGAUCACAUGAUUAUACUAAAAGUGUUUAAACAGUUCCCAGAGAAGGACAAUGUCAUCUGUUUUGCACUUCGGUCCUUGUACCUGUUGGCUGGACCACUUAGCAAUGCGGAAGUUCUCAUGUCUGGAAAUGUGCGGUGUUACAAUAUCGUAGUGGAGAUUAUGAAAGCGUUUCCUGCAUGUGAGCCAAUUCAGGAAGUUAGCUGCUGUCUGCUGCACAAACUUACUCUCGAAAACUUUUUCAAUAUCCUCGUAUUGAAUUAUGUACAUGAAGUGAUUGUGAAGGCUGUAGAAACGUACCCUGGAAAUGAGAAGCUACAGGCAGCUGGCAUUAGUUGUUUGGCUCUCCUCACGGAAACCAUCUUUUUAAACAGAGAUUUGGAAGACAAAAAGGAAGAAGAGGAAGAAGAAGAAAAUAAAUUCUGUUGGCUGGAGGCCUGCUAUAAAGCAUUAAAAUGUCACAGAAGAAAUAGAGACGUACAGGAAGCUGCUUGUUGGGCAUUGAACAAUCUGCUUAUGUAUCAGCCUACUCUUAAUGAGAAGAUUGGGGACGAAGAAGGAAAGUACCCAGCGCACAGAGAAAUGAUGCUGGCUAUGUUGAUGUAUUCUUCUUCCAAGGAAGUGUUCCAGGCGGCUGCCAAUGCCUUAGCUACUCUCGUGAAGCAAAACGCAAAUGUUAGAAGAAUUCUCUUGGAGAAAGGUAUACACAUCAACGUGCUGGAGAUCAUGCAGAAAUAUUCCAAUUCUCCCGAAAUUGCAGAAGGUGCUUGCCGAUUGCUAAACCAUGCUUUCGAAGGAAGUUUCUUACAAUUGGAUAUCAUGCUCGCCGCUGCAUCUGGAAGUAUGCAGACCAUGAAGAAACAUAAAUCUUUGCCAUCCGUCCAGUUGGAAGCCCUUAAAGUGAUUUUACGUUGCAUGGCUCCAGGUGUACUAAACAACCAGCAGCACAUUGGUUCAGAAAACCCCAACCUGCAAUCAGAGUUAACACGUAUGAAAAAUCAUUUUUUCUUAGAAGAUGGCCAUUCUCUUGUCCUUGGUGCUCUGAACACGUUCAUUGGCAAUCCAGGCAUUCAGAGAUAUGGACUCCAAAUACUUUCCUGUAUCAAAGAAUCUUCCUCUCUAUUACAAUUGUUAUCAAAUCUAGGAAUGACAGAUACUGUGCUCCACACGCUACAGAUGUACCCGGAUGAUCAAGAAAUACAAAACCUAGGUUUAAAUCUUCUGGGAUCCCUGAUAUCAGGAAAGAGCUUGUGUACAGUUACUUUCUAUAUCCUGGUAUCACCCUUGGUUUCGACAUUACGACGCUUUAAGGAUGUGGUUGAAAUUCAGACUCAGGGAUAUCAAAUUAUUACAACCAUACUCGACUCGUCCCCUUGGUUUGCAAAGCUGCUCAUCCAGGAAUCGUUUGACAGCUGUCUCUUCUAUCAACUCUCCACAUGCUUUAAUGAGCAAAGAGACCAGCAGUUUCAAAGUCUUUGUUGUAAAUGCUUUGCGAAAAUAACUCAACACGAGGACUUGAAAAACGUGAUGUUGGAGAAGGCCUGUGCCGAAGGCAACAGCGUUAUGGCCGAAUGUUUGCUGCUGCUGGGUGCCGACGUGAACAAAAGCUCGAAGGAGAAGUCUUUAAUUUACGAAGCUAUCAUAUCACCCCUCGUCCUUGUCUUCAUUAAACUAGACAUACCCAAUGGUUCCGCGUUGGCCGUAAUGGUCCUUCGAUAUCAGAGGACGAGUAGUUACACAGAUCAGUCAAGAUCUGACUUAAGCAGCCAGAAUGACGAAAUGCACAAAUUUGACGAAUGGACGUUCUUACCUGAUCCUUUAGCUGACAAUGUUUUCUCUCUGAGCGACGACGUAGAGAGCGAAGGCAGUGAAAGCUCAUUUAUGGUGAGGCAGAAAUCUUACUCCGUGGCCGCCGCAGACCUCCCGAAACCUCUUCAAACCUACUCUCCUCCCCUCCAAAGACAUUCUAGAUCCGUGGGGCCUGGAUCACCUUACGAACCAUUAACGAACCAAAGAAGAAAUAAUGUGUUUUCUGAAGAGUCCUACAAAGGCACGUCUAUCUUCCAAUCAAACCUGAAGAGCUCGGACAGUUUUUCUUCCCUGGCCUCUGACAGAGAAUAUAUUAAAUCCCUCGACCUGUCUUCCAAUGAGCUGGAGAACAUAGAUCCCAUCAGUCAAAGUCUUUGCUUAAUUACCCACUUCGAACAUCUCGACAAAUUAGAACUGCAUCACAACCAGCUUUCCUGCAUUCCAAAACAACUUUGUGAGACCCUGAAAUGUUUGACUUAUCUCGACCUGCACAGCAACCGCUUGAAGUCUUUCCCACAGUAUCUCUUGGAAAUGCCUCAGAUCGUUCACCUCGACGUUUCGCGCAAUGAAAUUGGGCCUACCUUAUGUUUCAAUCCAAAAGUCACCUGUCCAACCUUAAAAUUUCUCAAUUUGUCAUACAACCAACUGAUAGGCAUUCCUAGAGAUCUUGGCGAUAUUCUGAUCAAGCUGGAGCAUCUCAUAUUGGAAGGGAACAGACUUUCAGCGUUAGUGGGACGCCUAUGUUUGAAAGAACUGAAAAGUUUAAACAUUAGCAAGAAUGAUAUAUCGUACCUGGAUAUAGAACUUCUGCAGGAGUGUUUGAAAUUGGAAAUACUCAAUGCAGCUGUAAAUAAAAUUGAUGCCAUAUAUACCUUGCCUUCUAACAUAACCACACUGAAACUAGCGCAGAAUGCUUUUGUCACUGUUCCAGUGGCAAUUCUUCUUUUACCACAUUUGCGAUCGGUGGAUUUAAGCAGCAAUAGGAUUGGAAUUUUACCUGGUCCUGCAUCUUGGAAAUCUUCAAAUUUAAGAGAAUUGAUAUUUAACCACAAUCAAAUAAGCAUUCUGGACUUGAACGACAAAGCUUCUUGGUGGGCUGGGCUUGAAAAACUACACCUGUCUGACAACAAAUUAAGAGAGAUUCCUCCUGAAAUUGGGUUCCUUGAAAACUUGACAUCUUUUGACGUUAGUUACAAUCCAGGUAUACGGUGUUUUCCAGAUGAAAUGGGGAAAUUGUCGAACAUCUGGGACCUUCCUUUGGAAGGGUUACACCUUAACUUAGAUUUCAAACACGUGGGAGGCAAAGCAAGGGAUAUUAUCAGGUUCCUUCAACUGCGCUUGAAGAAGGCCGUUCCCUACCACAGAAUGAAGCUCAUGAUUGUUGGAAACGCCGGCAGCGGUAAAACAACCUUGUUGCGACAACUGAUGAAAUGGAAGAGGCCAGAUUUGGCCCCUCAGAAUCCGACCAUCGGCAUUGAUGUGCAUGACUGGAAGAUUCCACGAAGGGGCAAAAUCAAGAAAGACACAAUUUUAAAUGUCUGGGAUUUUGCAGGUCAAGAAGAAUUCUAUAGCGCUCAUCUCCAUUUUAUGACUCAGCGGGCUCUCUACCUCGUGGUUUAUGACCUUAGCAAAGGGGAAUCCGAAGUGGAUGCCAUGAAACCGUGGCUGUUUAAUAUCAAGACCCGAGCGUCAUUCUCCCCUGUGAUUCUCAUCGGAACUCAUUUAGACAUCUCUAGCGAAAAGCAGCGUAGAGUUUGCAUCAAUAAAAUCACCAAGGAGUUGAUGAAUCAGAAGGGAUUUCCCCAAAUCCACGACUAUCACUUUGUGAAAGCCACAGAAGAGUCUGAAUCAAUGACUAAGCUUCGACAAAUCAUCAUCAAAGAAUGUCUGGAGUUUAAAAUCAGAGAUCAGCCGGUGAUUGGCCAGUUAAUUCCAGACAGCUACUUAGAACUUGAGAAGAGUAUUCUGGAAAUACGCAAAACGUUGCCAUCUGAGUUCCCUGUGAUUUGCCAGAGUCAGCUUUACGAAUUGGUGCAAGAAAAUCAGCUGCAGUUGGAUGAAAAUGAGCUUUCCCACGCUGUGCAUUUUCUGAAUGAAUCAGGUGUCCUCCUCCACUUUCAGGAUCCCGCCCUUCAGCUCCGAAAUUUGUAUUUUGUCGAUCCCAAGUGGCUGUGUAAAAUCAUCGGCCAGAUCUUGACCGUGAAGGUGGAUGGCUUUACGAAGUACCCCAAAGGGAUCAUAAAGCGUUCUGAUGUGGAAAAAUCCCUGCUAAAGAAUAGUAAAUUUCCUGAGAUCUGCAAGGGCCAAUACUUCAAGCUGCUAGAGAAAUUUCAGAUUGCUUUGCCACUCGGAGAAGAUCAACUGCUUAUUCCGAGCAGCUUGUCAGAUCAACGGCCUGUGAUAGAAUUACCUCACUGCGAAAACUCCGAGCUUAUUAUAAGAUUGUAUGAGAUGCCCUAUUUUCCUAUGGGAUUCUGGUCCCGGCUAAUUAAUCGACUACUUGAAGUGUCUUCAUACAUGCUUUCAGGAAGAGAACGAGCUCUUCGUCCCAACAAGAUGUAUUGGAGGCAAGGCAUAUAUCUGAGUUGGUCUCCAGAAGCUUACACCUUGGUGGAAUCUGCAGUUCUGGAAAACAAUCCCAACAGCUUUUUAAAAAUCACGCUCCCUUCUUGCAGAAAAGGUUGCAUCAUUUUGGGACAAGUUGUAGAUCACAUCGAUUCUCUCAUGGAGGAAUGGUUCCCGGGUCUCUUAGAAGUAGAUAUUUGUGGCGAAGGAGAAACACUGUUGAAAAAAUGGGCUUUAUACAGUUUUGAGGAUGGAGAAGAACAUCAGAAAAUAUUGCUUGAUGAUCUACUUAAAAAGGCAGAAGAAGGUGACCUCUUAAUAAAUCCAGAUCAACCCAGGUCUACUGUUCCAAUCGCUCAAAUUGCUCCCGAUUUGAUUUUGGCGGAUUUACCCAGAAACAUCAUGUUGAACAACGAUGAACUGGAAUUCCACCAAGCUCCAGAGAACCUUCUUGGCGAUGGCGGAUUCGGAUCCGUGUACCGCGCGGUUUACGUCGGCGAAGAAGUAGCUGUAAAGAUUUUUAAUAAGCAUACAUCCCUUAGGCUCCUGAGACAGACUUUCCACUUUCCUGUUACAGUUAAACAGUUGAGCAGUAAAGCACCUGGUGAUGUGUUAGUCCCUGUAAUGCGAUUCUCCAAAUUAAGCUCAGAAAUAUCUAUUCUAGAUCCCGUCAAAGAGUACGGCUGUGCCCCCUGGCCAAGGUUUGAAGAUUUAAUUAAGAAAUGUUUGAAAGAAAAUCCUCAAGAAAGACCUACGUCUGACCAGGUUUAUGAAACGUUGAACUCUGCAGAGCUCGUUUGUUUCAUGAGACACAUUUCGGUGCCCUCUCCUUUUGCGUCGGAAUGCAUGGUGGCCACAAACCAAAGUAACAAGAAGACCGGGAUCUGGAUCGGGAGUGGUGGCAGGGGAGAGGCCCAGCUCUCGUUUGUCGACGUAAACACAGACGAACGCACCUGCGAAGACGUUGAAGACAGUAGAAUAUUAUGUUUGGCCUUGGUUACCUUUUCCGCAGCGAAGGAGAACUGGGUGAUUGCAGGAACCCAGUCAGGAUCCCUCUGGUCCUUUCACACCCAAGAUGGGGAACGCAGGCAUCACUUUCACACCAUGUCAGAUUCGGUCACCUGCCUUUACUGCAGUCCCUUGUCAAAGCAUAACAAGUACCGGAAUAUCUUUUUGGUGGGCACAGCCAAUGGACAGCUGGCCAUUUUUGAGGACAGAGCAAUUAUUUGCAAGGGCAUUUCAGGUUUAAAAGUGCUGA